GAAAAACUGGGAUGCCUGCUAAGUUAAAAUCCAAAUUCACUUGGACAUUUUAACAAGUUUAUAUCAAAUAUCUCUUUUAUGUUUUCAAGGGACCUAAAUACAACUUCUUGGGGACCUGCUGUUCGCCAGUAAAAAGGAAAACUAAACUUUGGGUUCAUUUGCGCUUCCGAAAUUAAAGCUCCACCCAUUUGAACAAUUAUCUAUUGCAAGAUUGGUUGAAAUUAAAAAUACCGCCUCUGGUUGCAAAAUGAAUGUGCGCUUGUGAAAUACGUAUUUUUAAUAUCCCUGCACCAAUAAUCGUUUAUACCAUGCAUUGAAAAUGAAUGUACUAUUUCCCACCCACCCUCACUUCUAAUGCUUUUCUCCUUUCAACUAUUGCCGGAAUAAAAACAUCCUCUCUCAAACGUACCUUCGAAAUAUAUGGUUUUACGAUGGAUUCGCUUAUCCCAUAGGGAUAACGAUAGCGAUUGAGACGCUAACACUUUUGUAGAACGGGGUCUUAAAAUAUCACUCAUGCUCUCUGGUAUUAGCUUGUGAUUAUUGUUGGAUUGCAAUCUAAUUAAAGUUUAAUCAUGAAAUUAUCAUAUCUAUUGACAUUCCGCCUUUUCCAUCACCAUAAACAAUUUCAAAGAAUUCAAUCUUUUUUAAUUUCUAGAAAAAAACACAAUCCGUCUACCGAAGCAGAUGAACUAAAACGCCCGAUGAAAUUGUCAACUCUCUAUGUACCUGGUCGUUAUGGCGCUGAAAUGUAUCAAAUUGUGAGACCAGUUAUUAAUGUCGAAGACAUAUCGCGAAACUUAGACAAAAUCCGUCAGUCUUGUCAUUUACGAGGCAUCGAUGUAGAUUUGAAAAAUAUUGUCGAUUCAUUGCAACAGUUAGAGUCGGAGCGAAGGGAAUUUGCUUCUUUCGUCGAAAAGGAUCGUCAAUAUAUCGAAGAACUCAAACAGCUGCAUUCGUCAGGUGAUGAGGCGCGGUUAAAUAGCUUAAAGAAAGAGCAUGAAGUGUUCAUCGAAAAAUUAAAAUCUGCAAAAGAAAAAUUGCAUAAUACUGAGGAACUGAUUCUUCCUGUGGUUCAGAGGAUUCCAAAUUUGAUUCAUGAGCUUACCCCUUUGCUAUCUGACAUUACUGAAGAACGAAAUUCAUGUCAUUCUGAACAAGACUUCAAUCUUCUACCACAUACAGAUAUAUGCAAACAAACAUCUUUGCUCAAGUUUUCAAAAAAUAAAGCCAAAUCAUAUUAUUUUAAAGGAGUUUUGGCUGAUUUAGAAUUAGCCAUUCAAAUAUACUUCUGUAACAAAUUGUCAAAAAAUGACUAUGGAGCUAUAUCAUGUGCUGAUUUUUGCAAAUCUUUCCUUCUGGAAGCUGUUGGUCGAGAUCCUUAUUCAGUCAAGCAAACAAUUCCAAUUAAAAUGCGUGUGGAACGUGGACAAAUGCUUCAUUUGGUGGGUGGAGCAUCAUUUGAAUCCUUUUGCGCUUAUCUCACUAAUAUGAAUGUAUCUAAAACAAAUCUACCUAUGAAAUACUUUUCCAUUGGACGUCUGUAUAAUGCAGAGAAUUCUGAGCCCAUGACUUUUGAUUUAUUCUCUGUUGUACAGUCUACUAGCAUUCACUGUUUAACUUGCUGUGAAGAUGGUCAGAGUGAAAAUGAAGAAUUUGAAGCAAUGUUUGAUUUGAUUUCUGCUUGUUAUAAUAAUUUUAAAAUACCAUUUCGAAUUGUAAAUUGUUCUACAAAACGUCUCAAUGUGGCAGAGUGCCGGCGCAAGCAACUGGAAAUUUGGUCACCUUCAAAACAUAUGUAUAUCCCUGUGGCUCAUGUAUCGGGAUAUAGUGAUUUUGUAUCUAAGCGUUUGCAUUCAACUUAUGGAAUAGAACAUAUUGUCGAAGGUUAUUGUCACUUGGUUGAAGGUGUUGCUGUGAACAUACCUGUUCUUAUUGGAUGUAUUGUAGAAAAUUUUCAGAAACCAAAUGAGUUAUUUCAUUUUCCUGAAGAAUUAGAAUUUCUUCAAAGAUUAAUUGAAGAUUAAGAUUUAUUUGAAAUUGUAGAGUGAUAUUCAGUUUCUUUGAAUACAAAUGUAUGGUUUCUAGCAAUUUGUAUUCAAGGCACUAUUUUGAACAGUGUCUGAUUUUAAACAUUAAAUGAUUUCUGUUGUUGAAAGAAGAUACCUACAAAAUUAUAAGAAUCCACAGACUAGUUUUUAAGAAAAUAUUAUCUAUAGAAAUAUUUUUUGAGUCCUUAUAUUAGGUAAGUAAUUACAGAUCUAAUACAAUGAGUUAAAAGAUUGGUCACUAAAUACAAUAUUUUUUUAAAGAUCUAUGAUUUGAUUUAACCUGCUUUCUACUUGAAUGAGAAAAUAUUAUUGAGCAAUCAAUAAAAAUUUAUUAUCUUGAUUAAUGAAGCACCAGAUGAAUUAUUUUUUGCUAUUAUAUAUUUUGAUACCAUAUUUUAUUUCUAUUAGCUUAUCACUUUUUU